CCACUGAGUCAUAUUCAUUUCUUCAAAUCUAGUGUACCUUCUAUCCUAGCUUGAGGUAGGCUUCCACAAAUCAGAAGCUAUAUCCUUUAGCAAACGGGUUUUGUGUCCCGCAGAAUCAAGUUUUAUGCAGCCUCACAGUAUCUAUUUUUUGCCUCUUAGUCGUUCAUUAAUGUUUAGCACAUCGCAAGAAACGGACGAUUUUGUAAAUUAAGAAUGAAUUUUAAAGUUUUGUGUUUAAUUUUUGCACAUUUUGUUGCACUUUAUGGACAAAAGAUUGAGUAUCUUAGUGAUUUAUAUGAAAAUGAUGAAUGUGAACUAGAAAAUGGUGCAUUUGGUGUAUGUAAAGCAGUUACUGACUGUCUUCAAGAGUACGAAUUGUAUCGAAAGAAUCAAACAACUUUAAGAAUUUGCACUUACAAUGAUGCUCCAUCGACAUCAAUCAUUUGCUGUCCAAAAACUGUUGUUCCUCAAACAAUCACUAAACAAAGGAAUGAACUGGAUUUGACAAAUUUCGAGACAUGCAGGAACGAGUUCUUACAAUACAGAAAAAUGGGAGUCAGCAUUAAUCAUUUUGCAGAAGCAUUUUCGAACAAAAUUGUGCCUAAUAAUCAAAAAAACUGUGACUUUAUCAACAAAGAUAUUUCGAAUGAUCAUUUUUGGCAAGACGGUCAUCAUAGUUGCAGGGAACAAGAUGGAAAAUUUUAUCUAGCACAAGUGGCACCGGCUUAUGCUGAAUUAGUUCGAAAAGGUGAUCGUCCCAACAUUGCAGCAAUUGGAUGGACCCAAAAGGACAAAAGUAUUUUAUAUAACUGCGGUGGAUCAAUUAUCACUGAAAGAUACAUCGUCACAGCUGCACAUUGUAGAAUUUUUCAAAAGAAGGAACCUGACCUAGUUCGACUUGGUGAUCGCUACUUGUUGACUUCAGAAGAUGAUGAGAUUGCACAGCAAGUCAGGAUAGAGAAGUUCAUAUCACAUCCAGACUAUACAUCAGCAUAUCAUUACAAUGACAUCGCGAUGAUUAAAACUCUUGAUCGAAUAGUUUUCAAUAAGUUUGUUGUGCCUUCGUGCAUAGCUGAUUUAGAUGCAGAACAUAUAGCAGCAUUUAGAGAGAAAACAUGGACAGUCGCUGGAUAUGGAGAGACAGAAGACCGCGUUCGAUCAAAUAUCCUACUUGAGUUGAAAGUCAAAUUUGUUCCAUAUAAAGAAUGCAAUGAAACAUUUUCUGACAAUCCGGACUUACCACGUGGAAUCGCUGACAGUCAACUUUGUGUCAAGAGCAUUGGAAAAGCUAUGGGAGAAAUUGUUAUAUAUCCAGACACAUGUUUUGGUGAUUCUGGAAGUCCUUUACAAUACAAAACAGCAUUUGAAGUCUUUCCUGAUGAUUUUAACAAAACAUUUCUGUCUCAUUAUUACUUUUCAUCAAAUGUGAUUGGAAUUGUGUCAUUUGGAGUCGAUUGUUCGUUGAAUGUUCCAUCAGUCUACACAAAAUUAGCUUAUUAUCGUGAUUGGAUGAAGAAUGUGGUUCAGAAUAAUUGAAAUAAAAAUGCAAAUAAACUAAAUUGUGG